GUUCGACGAGUCGAACUCGAAAAACAACGACUCGACAUAACGAAACGACGAAACGCCAUAACGAAACGACGAAACGAACAUUUUGUCCACGAUCUACCUUCAUAGUACCGUCCUAUCUUUCUUUGUCGCCGACACUAGUCAAAGUAGGCUAAUAGACUGUCACUCUGCUGCAGACUUUUUAAGAAUGGGCGACUGUGAUCGCACUCGAGCGAAAGCAAAUUGUCACAACACGAGUACUAGUGAUCUGUUAGGAGUUGAGGGAAGGGAAGCUGUGAAUGCCUGUGUGAAGGUCAUGAUUUACGGCAAACCAGAAACACGUAAAUACGACCAUAAUACAGCAAUGUAUCGAUUGCGGAGAUGCAACAUGGGAAGAUACCCUCGUGGAAUGCUUGGAAGGAUUAAUUAUUAUGAUCUCACGCUACCAGCUGAGUUUGAUAAAACUGGAGGAUAUCGCACUGACCGAGUUAAAACGUACAGCAUAAUUGAUAUCCGUAAUGCGCUAGUCAAGCUUGAUAACACACCGUUUGUGGAAAAAUACCCCAAAGAUGGACCUAGUUCUGAGAGAAAGAGGGAAUUGAUUGAUAAAAGAAGAGCUGACGUUGAAAGAGAAUGGAAUGAAGCCAUUGCCAAUCCAGAUGGUCAACAAAUAUAUUCGUGGAGUGUUGCACAGCGAAGAGUCAGGGAUUGCUUUGCGGGAAAUUUUGCAGGAGAUGGAUUGAUUCGUAUCAGAAUUGAUGGAGAUCAACACUCUUCAUUCAGCAUAGAGAGCAUCCAUGAUGCAGUAAUUAAACGCGAUGAAGGAUGUCUUGAAAAAUUCAGUUAUCAAAAUAAAAGCGCGUACGAGGAAAUUUACACACGUAGAGAAAAUAUUGAAAAGGAAUAUCAAGAAGCUAUUGCCUCUAAUAGUGUCCCUCCCAAGUAUACCCAAGAAGAAGCAGAACAACGUUUGAGAGAUUGUUACUGUGGUACAGAUGGUCCUUUGGCUGGGCUUACAGGAUGGAUCUCUUCAAGUUAUUCAAGUGAAGAUAUUUCUAUUUUUGACGUUCAUGAAUGCCUUUGCAGUUAUGAUAAUCGCAUGCCACAGUGUCACAAAUAUCCUCCAGAUGGACCUGGAUCUGAAGAACUAAAGCAAUCAAUUGAUGAACAUAGAGCCAAGUUGAAAGAAGAGUAUGAGAAGUUUUUAGCCACAAGUGAUAACGCUAAGAAACCCCAGAUGCUUAAAUAUUCCCAAGAUGAGGCAGAGCUUCGAGUGAGAGAUUGUUUUGCUUUUGCAGGUUCCGACGAUGGGGAUACUGAUAUGUUUCCCAGAAAGAGAGAUCAGAUUGGAAUGCCAAGGAUUUACCAGACAUUUACCAUUUUGGACAUAAAAGACUCUCUUGAUUAUUUUGAUACCAAAAAGGUUCUUGACAAGUAUCCCAAACAAGGAAAAGACUAUGAUAAAAUGAAAGAAGUGGUAGAUGAAGAGAGGAAAAGUAUUAAGGAAGAGUACGAGGAAGCCAUAGCCCAUGUUGAAAUUGAGCAUGGCUCUGGAUUUAUCAUCAGUGACCUCUUUAUCCUCACCAACAAGCAUGUGAUACAGACCCAUCUAGACAAUAAAGAUAGUUCUGCAAUUUGCUUUUCCAAUUCAGCCAUUGGUGAGCUUCAUUGUGAGGUUGCUCAUAGUGAUCCUUCUAAGGAUCUUGCAUUACUUUAUUGUCCAGAUCUUAAUUUGCAAGAAAGUGGAAUUUGUGCAUUACAGUUGUCAACCCAACCAUUGUUGCCAGGAAUGCAGAUAUUUUCUUUUGGUUAUCCGAUGAGUCACACAGAAAAAACUGCUCUUUUUGUGACUGGGAAUGUCUCUGGCUCUAAGAGAACCCUAUCAGGUCAUUCAAUGGCAGUAUUGAACUGCUCACUGAAUUCUGGGAACUCAGGUGGGCCAGUUCUUACUUGGGUAGGUGGUAAGGUAAGGGUAGUUGGUAUUGCAACUCAGAAACAUAUCAAAAGGAUUUUAACACCAGAUGAAAGGAAGGCAAUUUUAGAGAUAAGAAAAUCAAUGCAAGUCCAUGCUAUUAAUGAUGUGCUGGAUUAUGAUGUAGUUUUUCUUUCUGAAUCGGGUAAAAAUCUACGGUAGAUCCCCCCCACCUGUCAGUUUUCAUUGCAUCUUCUCACAUUAAAACUGUAUGAUGCUUUGGAAACACAUACUCAAUUCAAUUUAAGCAAUGCAUUGCCAGGAGAUUUAGUGGUUGAGUUUAUCAAAAACUUCAUACCUAAAUACAAGGGAGAGCAAAAAGAAGAGUUGCUCAAAGUAAUUGAAUUGUCCCAGUAAAUCAAUAAAACACAAUUCUUUGUUUGCUGAUCCUUCUUUAUGAUAGUAUAUGUGAUUUUUAUAAGACUGUUGUUUUUAGACAUAAUUUGUAGUCAAAUAUUGUAAGUACUUUUUCAGAAGUAUCAAUUUUAGGGGUUGGGGUUCAGUCUGAGAUGGAUUGAAGUACUCAUCGGGCUUUAAAUCAGGGUGUACCAUGGGUUCAGAAUACCUGUUCAUAAAUGAUUUUAUUGUUGAAACAGGCAGGAAAUGGGAAAUUUUAAUACUUGUAUCCCUCAAAGAGGAAUUUUUUUAAUUAAGAAAUGAUGAACUGGGUGAAAAAAUAUGAAGAAAUUGUUAGUAGUAUAAUUUAUGAUACAUAAAUUUUUUUAACUAUCAACAAAUUGAAGGGGUAUUGUGUUGUAGUAAUGUUUAGAUUUCUUAGAGUAAUUGUGGGAUGCCUUAAAGCUCUUAAGAAAGAAAAUAAUGUUUUAAUGUAGAAAAGUAUCUGCCACUUGAUAAUGGUUCAGAUGUACUGCUAUCUGUGGCAUGUUAAGUUUCAUAGGAGUUCAUUAAAUUUAGCCAAAGGAGGACAAAAAUGUUGAAGACAUUUUAGUUUCACAAUAGAGAGUAAACAUUUUGUAGAGAUAAAUUUAACUUGGAUUUCUUAGUUUAAUGUCAUUCAUUUCAUUAUAUGUUCAAAGCUGUGCCCUUGUACCGUUAGGUACUGUUAGGCAUUCUUUUAAGAAACUGGUGUUGCCCAGCUCUUAAAGCUAUUGCAAAAAAAAAGUUACAAAAUAAUCCUAGAAACAAGGUUAAUCUCUUAAGGCACUUUGGUUCUACCAGAGCCCAGAUCUAUACAAUAACGUAAUUAAGCUUGUGCAUAUCUUAACUGUUUCAGAACUCUUUCACAACCUUCAGAUGUAUUUUAGAUCGGUGUACCAGUGGUUGAUUGUUUUUUUAUUUACCAAGCUGUUAAGAACUGCAGUUUUGAUGUAUCAAUUGUAAUGUUCUGUAUAGCCUGAAUAAAUAAUUUUUUCUACUUGAACUAUAUUUGUUUCUUUCACUUGUGACAUUUGUUUCUAUUUACUUCUAGUCCUUUGUUUUGUUUUGUCAAUCAAGCUUGGUAUCAUUAAGCAAUUGACCACACUUUCUAUUGGUUUAAAUGCAUAAUAACCCACACAGGAUGUUGGGAGGGCACUUGAAAAGUUUGCUAAUACAAGCCAGAGGCAGGAUUUCUUUGGUGGGGGUGGGGUGUUUUCCCAACAUGCCAAGUGGGUUAUUAUGGUGGUAUACUAAUAGAAACUGCAGUCUCUUGCUUUAUGAAAUAAACUCAAAUAUUGUAUGGGGUUAUUGGUACUAUAAAUGAUAUAUUUUUGACA